AAAGUUGACUCUCCCUGCUGAAUAAUCUAUUCUCCGUCAAGAAAUGAACAAUCAGCUAGCAGCAACUUAGUUCUUCGGCGUACGAGAUGACGUCGGUGGUAGUUGCCGUGAACGGCGGCGAUGGUGUCGGAGGAAAGGGAAGCCGACGGGCCGUUCGAUGGGCUGUCGAGAAUUUAUUGCCUAUCGCACACCGUUUCAUUUUAGUCCACGUCAUUCCCGCCAUCACUUUUAUACCCACUCCAUCUGGAGAUCGUAUUCCCAUUGAAGAACUGGAGGAUAAUGUGGUGUCACUGUAUGUGCAAGAAGUGAAAGUGAAGUUAGAAGAAGUUUUUAUACCCUUUAAAAGGCUAUGCAAGACUCAGCAGAUGGAAACUUUGGUGCUAGAGGAUGAUAAUCCUGCAACUGGGAUUUUAAGAUAUGCAUCACAAUCUGGGAUUAAUUGUAUAGUGUUGGGUUCUUGGUCUCCCACUUGUAUAAUCAGGAAACUAAAGGGACCAGGGAUACCAGCAACUGUGCUUAAUUGUGCUCCAGAGACAUGUGAUGUUUUUGUUGUAUCUAAAAACAAAAUCAUUACUACAUCAACUAAUUUCUCUUCCAUUAAUGAAACCAGCUCUAGAUGUUGGAUGUUUAAGAAUAGAGACCAUAAGAAAGGUUACAGCAACAUCAGUAAACAAGUUUCUGGGUCUGAGCUUUAUUCUUCUGCUGUAGAAUCCAAAGUUCAAAAAUCCUUUGAAGCAUCAUCCCUGUCUGAGCUUAGGUUCUUAGAUUCCCAAGCACCUGAACAUAGGGAUUCUUCUACUAAUGAUAGUACAGAUGUGGACAGGGCUUAUCAGGAUAUGGGAGAUAAUCUUUUAACCAUUAGUACUAGGAGAUGUGAAUCAACAGCUUCCACAAUAAGCAUCCAGUCAUAUGUGCAGGCUGAAUUGGAGCGGCUAAGGCUAGAGUUACAAAAUACUGUUAGCAUGUACAAACGAGCUUGUGAAGAGCUGGUUCACACUCAAAGCCAGGUAGAAUUACUUUCUUCUGAGUGUGUUGAGGAAGCUAGAAGGGUGAAUGCUGCCCUGGACAGAGAAGAAACUUUGAGGAAAAUUGCUGCUGAAGAUAAAGCAAGGUAUCUGCAAGCCAAGAUGGAGGUAGAGAAUGCAAAAAAUCUGCUUGCUAAAGAAGCUUAUGAAAGGCAGAUGGCUGAGCACAGGGCCUACAUAGAGUCCUCAGAGAAACAGAAAAUUGCUGAUGCACUUUUCUUGAAUGAUAAGAGGUACAAAAGAUACACUAGGGAUGAGAUAGAGGCAGCAACAGAUUUCUUCUCGGAGAGUAAUGUGAUUGGUGAAGGAGGGUAUGGGAAAGUGUAUAAAUGCAAUCUUGAUCAUACCCCAGUAGCUGUUAAGGUUCUUAGGUCAGAUGCAGUUAACAAGAAAGAAGAGUUUCUGAGAGAGGUUGAAGUUCUAAGCCAGUUGCACCAUCCACACUUGGUUUUGCUGCUAGGAGCUUGUCCUGAGAGUGGUUGUCUUGUAUAUGAAUACUUGGAAAAUGGAAGUCUAGAUGACUGCAUCUUCCACAGGAAUGAGAAACCAUCUCUUCCUUGGUUUAUUCGGUUCCGUAUAGUUUUUGAAGUGGCUUGUGCACUUGCAUUCUUACACAACUCGAAGCCGGACCCCAUUGUCCAUCGGGAUCUUAAACCUGGUAAUAUAUUGUUAGACAGGAAUUAUGUGAGCAAAAUUGGAGAUGUUGGACUUGCUAAACUCAUGACAGAUAUCGUACCUGACAACAUCACUGAGUAUAAAGACUCGAUCAUUGCUGGUACUCUAUUCUACAUGGACCCGGAGUACCAGAGAACAGGGACCAUACGACCAAAAUCAGAUCUGUACGCUUUUGGAGUUAUAAUUCUCCAAUUAUUAACAGCCCGGCGCGCAAAUGGACUUGUAUUGGCUGCUGAAAAUGCCAUCGCAAAUGGCUGCCUUGUUGACAUUCUAGAUACGUCAAUUAUGGAUUGGCCACUUGCUGAAGCAGAGCAAUUAGCUCAAAUUGCAUUGAAGUGCUCAAACCUUAAAUGUAGGGACAGGCCAGAUUUGGAUACUGAAGUUCUACCAGUUCUCAGAAGGCUGGUAGAGGUUGGACCUGCUAGCAUUAAGGUGGAAAGAAGCAAUACUUAUGCACCGAGCUAUUACUUCUGUCCAAUCCUUCAGGAAAUAAUGGAUGAUCCAUACAUUGCUGCUGAUGGUUUUACAUAUGAGCAUAGAGCAAUCAAGGCAUGGCUCGGCAGACACAAUGUAUCACCAGUGACGAAGCUUAGGCUUCAGCAUUCAAUGUUAACUCCAAACCACACAUUACGUUCAGCCAUACAGGAGUGGAGGUCCCGUGUGCAUUUUCAAGUGCCUUAAAGAUAUUUAAGUUUUGUGCCACCUUAAGCAAACUUCCGAAAAUAAAACUGCAAGAUGACUACUGUCAGUGUUCGAGAAGAUGCCGACAAAAGAUAUGCAUCAGUAUACGGUGUAGGGUAUUGAAUUUAAGCACGCUAGGUUACAUAAAAUAAAUAGCGACUCAGAACAAUUCAUAAGAUGUAAAUUACAUGAACGUACAAAAGCUUAUACUUAAAAUGUAUAGCUUGCGCCCCCUGUCUGAUCAGAAAUCUCUGGUUUCUGACUCAGACGGGAAGAUAAUCUGUUCAGUUUGGUGUUAAAAGUUGAAUUUAUCUCACGUUGCAUAA